AUUUCACUGCCCCCAGAGAUCCUCCGCCUCCUCCGGUAACUGUUGACGUACGUUGUCGACCUAAUCAUUUCUCCGGCUUCCUUGGACUUGCCAUUUUUUUUAGAGCUGAUUCUCUCUUUGCACAAAACGAAUCAUUCUCUCUCUCUCUCUCUCUCUCUCUCUCUCUCUCUCUCUCUCUGUCUAUAAAUAUCUGUCAACAAAUUAAGUGAUUUCAUCUAUUCCAAUGGCGUUGCCAACCCUCCUCCGCUUCAUAUCGCUUCUCCUCGUGAGCACUGCAUCAUUAAUCUCUGCGGUGCCAGAGGACGCUUUGGUCUCCCACCUGCCUGGCUUCAAUGGAACUUUUCCGUCGAAGCAUUACGCUGGGUAUGUGACAAUUGAUAAGAACCAUGGGAAGAAUCUAUACUACUACUUCGUGGAAUCGGAGCGGAAUCCGGAGAAAGACCCUUUGGUACUUUGGCUGAACGGGGGCCCAGGCUGCUCUAGCUUUGACGGCUUCGUCUAUGAGCAUGGUCCAUUCAAUUUCAAACCAGGGGGGAAAGCUGGAAGCUUGCCUGAGCUGCUUCUGAAUCCUUACAGCUGGUCUAAGGUUUCUAGUAUUAUAUACUUGGAUUCUCCUGCUGGUGUUGGGCUGUCAUAUUCUGCAAAUAAAUCAGAUUAUAUUACUGGAGAUCUUAAGACUGCCUCAGAUUCUCACCAGUUUCUUCUGAAGUGGUUUGAGCUAUAUCCAGAGUUCCUUGGAAAUCAAUUUUAUAUAUCUGGAGAAUCAUAUGCUGGGGUAUAUGUUCCUACUCUGUCUGCUGCAGUUGUCGAAGGGAUAAAUGGUGGAAUUAAUCCCAAAAUAAACUUCAAGGGCUACAUGGUUGGAAAUGGAGUUACUGACACAGUAUAUGAUGGUAACGCUCUUGUGCCAUUUGCGCAUGGAAUGGGUCUCAUAUCAGAUGAUAUGUUCCAGGGGACUAAUGUUGCAUGCAAUGGAAGUUACUGGAAUCCAAUUAAUACAAGCUGUGAAGAAAAGCUGAGCGAAAUUGAUUUGGACCUUCAGGAUUUAAACAUUUAUGACAUACUUGAACCAUGCUACUAUGGUUCUGCAAGUUCUGAUGUUGUCUCUCACAAAAGCAAGUUGCCGUCAAGCUUCCGUAGGCUUGGUGAGACUGAUAGGCCUCUUCCAGUGAGGAAAAGGAUGUUUGGCCGUGCAUGGCCUUUGUGGGCUCAAGUCAUGGAGGGGCAUGUUCCAACAUGGCCAGAGCUUGGAAGCCCAUCGGUUCCAUGCAUGAAUGACGAGGUUGCAACUUUAUGGUUGAACAAUGAAGAAGUAAGAAGUGCACUUCAUGCUCAGCCGAAAAGUGUGACGGGUCCUUGGGAGCUAUGCACCGAUAAUAUAGAUUUCAGUCAUGAUGCUGGAAGCAUGAUCAAGUAUCACAAGAACUUGACUGUCCAAGGUUAUCGUGCACUAAUUUUUAGUGGUGACCAUGACAUGUGUGUGCCCUUCACUGGUACUCAAGCAUGGACAAGGUCAUUGGGAUAUAAAAUUACUGAUCCAUGGAGGCCAUGGUAUGUUGCAGAACAAGUUUCUGGGUUCACUCAAGGCUAUGACAAGAACCUCACUUUCCUCACAGUAAAGGGUUCAGGCCAUACGGUUCCAGAGUACAAGCCACAAGAGGCACUGGCUUUUUAUAGCAGAUGGCUGGCUGGUUUAGCUAUAUAGUAGUUCAAAAUAGAUCUCUCAUUUUUCUUAUAGUGGAAACAUUGUCUCCUGCAAAUAUGAUUUUAUGACAUCAGGACAUUUAAUAGAGCUCCUGUUUAUGAUA